UAAAGGCCUUGAAGAACGGGGCUCAAAUAUAAAUCUGUGCACUGAGAUAUGUCAGAUUAAUCCCACUGAUUGCAGGGAAAACAAAAUGGCGGAACAUUACCAGAAUGGUAUCGUAGACGCCCCGCCUCAGCGACAAGGCACGAGACAGAUGGAAGGCCUGAACUGGCCCACUAUGGUCACACAGGAAUGUCUGGAUGCACUGAAAACCUACGAUGUCUGGGAGGAUGAUGUGUGGGUGACCACGUACCCCAAAUCAGGUUCCCAUUGGGUAAUGGAGAUAGUUAACCUGAUUCUAGCCGACGGCAACGAGCAGACAAUCGACCGAAGUCAGCAAUCAGUGCCAGCCGAGUUUGAUUUCACGGAGGCCAAUUUGGGUUCAGGCCCGGGACCGAGACCUAAACCUGUCCCGCAAUACAAGGAGAUGUUAACAUGGAAGGCACCACGUGUCAUUAUGACGCACGUUACGGAGGAACUGAUGCCGGCCCAAAUCUACCAGGGCAAAGGAAAGGUUAUUUUCGUCAUCAGAAACCCUAAGGACGCUAUAGUGUCCAAAUGGCACUUUUCGAGAGCGAAGGGCUUCGGACCCCGAUACGAAGACUGGGAUACUUUUCUCCAAGAAUAUCUGUCGGGAGCCGGUACAUAUGGCACGUGGUUUUCCUACGUGUCUGGCUUUUGGAAGAAACAUCGGCACGACAAAAACUUUCUCUUUCUGAUGUACGAGGAUAUGAAAAAGGAUCUCAAAGGGGCCGUCGUUCAAAUCGCCGAUUUCCUAGGGAAGCCUCUCUCGGAGGACACCCUCAACAGGGUCGUUGACUUCAGCAGCGUGAAGAGCAUGAAACAGCGUUUCCAUGUCAACACCGCCCCAGCAGCAAAGUCAGGAGUGCCAAACGCUGACGCAAGGGCGCCCCCUCCCGGUCCUAGUGAAACACUCGUGCCCGCCGCACGCGCAAGCGAAAAGAUCGGAGCUCCAGCAACGAUGAGGAAAGGAAUCGUUGGCGACUGGAAGUCGAUGUUCACCGUCGCCCAAAACGAGGCUUUCGACGAAGUCUUCCGAAAGGAAAUGAAGGGAUCGGGUUUGAAGAUACAGUUCGAGUGAAUGUUUUUCCUCGAUCUCGAUUUGAAUGAGCGCAACACUUCUGAAAUGGCACUCAAGGCACUGCUCGUGAACUUUGAGAAUAGCUUACAAAGGGUAGUUUUGCACGUUUUUUUUAUUAUCAUGAACGAUGUUUUGCGUUUAGGGCGUAUAAUAGCGAUACGAUCUGAUACAUGGUAUCCUGUGAAGACAUGUGUAUAAUAGGGAACGAAAGAUGGUAUACGUCUCCACAUGGCAAUUUCGUCUCCACAAGGUUAUCACGAAAUAGAUAUAUGGAUUUUACUCAAAAACUAGG